AUGGUGCUAUUGCAUACUUGGUUAGAAACCUCCAAAAACGACUUCAUUAAUUAUAAAGAAUUGAAGCGUGCUGCCAGGGAUUCGAACGCUAUUGUAAAGAAAACGUGCUAUCACUUGAAAAGCGAUUCAAAGUCAAAAGUUAUAAGAUAUGACCUAGAAGACUUUUAUGAUGAAGAUAUUAGUGAAAACGAAAUAAAUGUUAUUCUAUUUUCUAAGCACCAUGAGAAUAUUCUCAAGGCUUUUUACUGUGCUACUACGGACGACGAAUUUUAUUUGCUUGUAGAAUAUGCUGAUCAGGGAGAUUUGGAAUGUUACUUGAAGAACAACGCACCAGAUUGGACUCAAAGACUAAAAUUCGCAACUCAAUUAGCCAGUGGGCUUAAUUUUCUUCAUAGCCAGGAAAUAGUACAUUUAGAUUUAAAUCCAAAAAACAUAUUUAUUCACGAAAACACUUCAAAAUUAACUAAUUUCGGAGCAAUUACUGUAUUUUUUAAACCAAAUGAUGAGAUUGAUGAGAUUGUUCCAUACAUCGAACCUCGAGAGUUAAAACGCCGUACCGAACAAAAAAAUGAUUCUCAAAGUUGUAUUCAAAGAUUAAACAUCAAUCAAAUGUCAAAUAUUUAUAGUUUUGGUGUUUUGCUCUGGAGAAUUUCCAGUAGUAGGCAACCUUACGUAAAUAUACCACGUUGUGAUGUAGUCACACAAGUCAUUAAAGGUUUGAGGGAAGAUAUUAUUCCUAAGACUCCUGUUAAAUACUAUGAACUGUACCAAAAUUGUUGGGAUGAUGAUCCAGACAAACGCCCAGAUUGUUCAAAGGCCUUGACGAUACUUGAAACAAUAGAUAUAAAUGAAAUAACUGAUACUAGAGAAAACGCCAUUUCAUAUCAUACCAUGGGUGAUGAUUAUCAGUUUUAUGGUGACCAUGAAAUAGAGACCGAAACAGAAACUUUAAUAAUGCAAGAAUCUGACAAAAAAUUACUUUUAGACCAUUGGAAAUUAUGUAGAGGGCUAAAUCUCCAUGAAGAUACUAAUAAUUUAACCUCUAGUGAAAGAGAUCUAAUAGAUGACAAUGAAAUCCGGUUUAUGAAAUUUAAAAAAAAAGUAUGCAUAAAAAUUUAUACGAACAAUAGUCAAGCUAGCCAGCUAAAGAGUAUGAGUUUAAUUUCUAGUACAAAAAUAAAAGAAAUCAGCAUUCAGUUACAUAUUCCGCUCCUUCAAAUUGAAUAUGGUUCUAAAGUUACUGAUGAAUUUGCUGAAAAAAUCGAGGAUGCACUAAGGAUAGCAGAGCAGGAAUCGGAUUGUAAAGUACUUUUUGGUUCGCUUAAAGAAUAUGGCGAAUUUAUAGCCCAGAGAAUUGAAAUCGGAGGUGCACUUAUGGUCGAAUACAACUCACGUUUACAAGACAUUGAAAUGCUGAAAGCCCAUGUGUAUUGGGCUUAUGAUCAAGUUAUGUCGGGGAAACCUAAAAUAUUUGAUCAAGUUAAAUUUGAUAAUUUUACAAUGACAGGUGCAAAUGACAAUCAAAAAAUUACUUCUGAUCAUGAAUUAAAGGAUUGGAUGAAAACUUUUUACGAAUAUAAUAAAGGGUACGUUAUAUCUUAUAACAAAAUUAUUCCAGCAUGCCGCCUCCUCAAUAAUGAGAUUAAGCAGAAGUUACGUAAAGUUCUUGAAAAAUUCCAUGAUGAUAAGACCAGACAAUUUCUCGAAAAAUUCAAUGAUCCUUUUAUUAGAGAGUAUAUCCCAAAUAUGGGGGAACAAUUCAAAAAGUGUGACAUAAAUGAUUGGAUUCCAUGUUUGCAAAAAAUACAUCUAUGUGACUGGGUUAACAAUUUACGUUUACGUCACGGUUUAACCAUUAAACCAUCUAGGAUAGGGCGUGGGACCGAUGUUGCGAUUAAUUUUACUAGAAUACCUGAAAGUCGUUCAUUGAAAGCAAUUACUUUAAAAAAUCGUAUUAAAUUCAAUGAUAAUAAAAUACCAUUUUUGUCUGAUAAUUUCCAUCCUAUAUUUGAUGAUCGACCAAAUUCUGAAGUUUUUUGCUUUAUUGUUUCCGAAAAAAUCGAACUGAUUAUUAAACUAGAUAAUAUUGAAUCUUCAGAAAUUCUUAAGGGAAAAGUAUAUGAAGCAAUCGACAAUGAUUUUCCAUUUAAUAGUUUGAAACGAGUUUUUGACAAAUUCGGGCAUCUUUGGUCUCAAAAAAUAAUACUUGGUUGGACUGCAUCAAGGAGCUAUAAUUCUAUCAGCGAAAAUGAACUUAAGAAUGAUGAACUUUCUUUUGAUAUGAAACACAUAGAUGAUAAAUUUAUAAUGCAGCCAAAAAUUAUUGAAAAAUUACGAGAGUGGAGGAAUUUGAAUGAAAGAUUGGAUACUUCUUUUUUCAUGGAUUCUAACGGUAAAAUUGUUAAGGACAGCGAUAUAUAUUUGCAAUUACGAAAUUUUAGCGAUUUGAGAAAUAAAUACUUGGACACUCAAGAAGAAAAAAAGUUGUAUAAAUUACAUUCACAAUUACAGAUAGUGAGGUGUGAAGGUUUAGUCCCUUUAUAUAAAGUUUUGUCAAAAGAUAUACAAAAAACUGUGGAAGAUAUAAUGUCUGAUAGCUAUCGGAUUGUCAUGACUGGUGUUGUAGAAAUCAAACGAGAAAAUCAAACAUACGUGAAUAUUAAAUUUGUGAAGCCUCUUCAAGACAACGAUUUUGAAAUGUUUGGCAAUUUAGUCACUGAUAAUAUGCAAGGGAUAUCAGAUGUAAUGAUUCGAUUUAGUUUGGCAAAUCAGUACGGAUGUCGAGCUUUGAUUCAUAAACCUAAAACCAAAAGCAUCCCCGUUGGAGCAAAAGUGUAUUGGAUAAUGCUCGCCAAAGGAAGAGGAUAUUUUAGCAAACAUACUAGGGAUAUUAAAAUUAACAGAAAAGAACUAUUGUCAGGCCACUUAUCUCUUCCACAUAAAAUAACUAUAUCAAAAGAUGAGUUACCUGAUUCAUGCAUUUUCAUUACCAGCUUCGAUUCGGAAAAUAUUGAUAAGAAUCAAGUUAUUCAGAGUAAAAUAAUAAGCAGUUCAGAAACUGGUUUUGAUUUGGAGAUUUCAAUGUAUGGCGCAAAGAGUAAACAAAGAAAUGAAUUGAAUAAUGUUACAAUGAGAUGGUGUAUUAUUGACAUCAAUCAAGCGUGCGAUCUUAAAACCGAUAUUGGAAACAAUUUGAAAGUCCUCGAAAAUGUCGAUAAAUUUGAAAAUUUUGCAUAUGCAAAUGAAGCUAAUAGAGCUGAAAGAGAUGAACAUGAGGCAUUUUCUGUUGCUGAAAUUGUGAGUCAAUAUGUUCCUAUAGUUGGAACUCGAGAAACUCAUCCUUGGCAUGGAUAA